AUGAUUUCAAAAUUGAAUAAAUGCGUUGCUAGCUCACAAUUCGGGCGUUACUUUAAGCUAGAAAAUUCUGGCGCAAAGAAAUCUCGAGAAAAUACAAAAUUUACGACAGAAUUGCGUGCAGGCGUUGCAACAUUCAUUACAAUGGCAUACAUUUUAUCAGUAAAUGCUACAAUAAUAGCAGAUUCAGGCGGUCCGUGUGAAUGCAAAACAUAUACAGAAUCUGACACAUUUCCAUGUAUGAAUGAUGAAGAAUAUGCAAAAUGUGUUAUGAUUGUAAAGAAAGAUUUGAUAACAGCUACUGCCGCUAUUUCUUGUAUAUGCACUGCAAUUUUUGGCCUGCUUGCAAAUCUACCAUUUGCAUUAGCCCCAGGAAUGGGGAUUAAUGCAUAUUUUGCAUAUACGAUGGUUGGCAAACAUGGGUCAGGAAAAUUAACAUAUGGAACAGCUUUGUCUGUAGUAUUCAUGGAAGGAAUCUUGCUAUUUAUACUAUCACUUCUAGGAAUUCGGCAGAAGCUUGCAAAACUUGUACCCAUGAGCAUAAGAGCGGCAAUAGGAGUUGGAAUUGGACUUUUUCUUACAAUCACAAGUUUUCAAAAAUCAUCGGGGAUAGGUUUAAUCUCAUAUGACCCGAAGUCAUUAUUAACACUUGGCGGUUGUCCAGAUAAAUACUAUAAUAGUGAUGGCUCUUGUGAUGGUCAUUACCUUGAAAGUGGAACGACUUGGCUUGGAAUUCUGGGAUUUUUCAUUAUACAAAUAAUGGCAAUGUAUCAAGUUAAAGGAGCGAUUUUAUUUGGAAUAUUAUUUGUUAGUAUCAUUUCGUGGAUUAGAAAUUCACCAAUAACUUAUUUUCCGGAUACGCCGGAAGGUGCAAUCGUUUUCGAUUAUAAAAAUAAGGAUGUAUGGAUUGCGUUAUCCACACUUCUUUGUGUCGAUAUUCUUGAUACGACAGCUGGUCUAUAUUAUAUAUCGAAAUUUGCCGGGCUAGAUAAACAGAAUGGAGAUUUCAAAGGAUCAAAAUUUGCAUUUUUUUGUGACGCUAUUUCUAUAUCGUUAAGUGCCAUCUUUGGCAGUUCACCAACAACAGUAUACAUUGAAUCCUGCGUUGGAAUAGCAGAAGGUGGACGAACGGGGAUAACAGCGCUUGCUACUUCAAUUUGUUUCUUCAUAAGUUUAUUUUUUGCUCCACUAUUUGCGAGUUUUCCACCUUGGGCUACGGGUCCUGCGCUUUUAAUACUUGGCGUUAUGAUGACGAGUAGCGUGAAAGAUAUUAAUUGGAUUUAUCCUGGAGAUGCUGUGCCUGCUUUCUUGACAAUAGCCGUUAUUCCAUUUUCUAUGAAUAUAUCAUAUGGAACUAUCGCCGGUAUAAGUACCUACAUUCUUAUUAAUGGCUUCGUUUGGGUUUUGGAAACAGUUUCGCGAGGUAAAAUAUCACCGCCAGAGAAAAAUUUAAAAGAACCUUUUUUGGAUAAACUAGACAAUUCUGGUGCUAUAAAUCAACGACAAAAUUCAAAGUUCACCACAGAAUUGCGAGCAGGAAUUUUAACUUUUGUUACAAUGGCAUUCAUUCUUUCUGUGAUUGCUGUUUUUGUCGCAGAUUCGGGAGGUCCUUGUGUUUGUAAACUUCCUGUUUAUGUCAACAUCUCCGUUGAAACUUUAUGUUUUAAUUAUCCUGAUUAUACGUCAUGUAUUACAACUGUCAAGAAAGACAUGAUUACUGCAACAGCAGCAACUAGUUGCUUAGCGAGUGGAUUAAUGGGUUUAUUCGCUAAUUUGCCUUUUGGAUUGGCUACUGGGUGGUGA